UUCCUUCCCCUCCCGGGGCUUCUCUGGCGCGUCUCUGGGCUUGUUCUAGGGAAGAGCUCCGCGGGUGGGGAGUUAGGGGCGUCGAGGAGGCGCGAUCGUAUCCCUGGCAAAGGCGGCUGGUCCUCGGCGGGGCGAAGAUGAGCAAGAUCCACAAGUUUUUCAAGGGCGGAGGAAGCUCCAAGGGGAAAGGCAAAGGGGGCCCGAGCCCGCAGGAGGCUUUAGCCCGGCUGCGGGAGACCGAGGAGAUGCUGACCAAGAAGCAGGAGUAUCUGGAGGCGAGGAUCCAAAAGGAGCUGGCGCUGGCCAAGAAACACGGCACCCGAGACAAGCGAGCUGCACUGCAGGCACUGAAGAGGAAAAAGAGGUACGAGAAACAGUUGACCCAAAUUGAUGGGACCCUUUCCACCAUUGAAUUCCAACGCGAAGCCCUCGAAAAUUCCUACACUAACACGGAAGUGUUCAAGAACAUGGGCUAUGCAGCCCAAGCGAUGAAGAAGGUGCAUGAAAACAUGGACUUGGACAAAAUUGACGACAUGAUGCAAGAUAUCACUGAACAGCAAGAUAUCGCUCAGGAAAUCACAGAAGCUCUUACCAGAAAAGUUGGUGAUGACUUUGAUGAGGAUGAGCUGUUGGCAGAACUGGAAGAACUGGAGCAAGAAGAACUCAAUAAUAAAAUGGCAAAUGUUCGACUACCAAGUGUACCAGCCACGCCGCUGCCUUCCCAUCCUGCAUCUUCAAGGAAGAGGGUGGAGGAUGAAGAUGAUAUGCAGCAGCUUGCGGCAUGGGCUUCUUAACAGCAAUCUACAGGGUUACGGGAAACGCCAUGGAAGACGUUUAUGGAACAGUGUUUUGUUUUAUACAGAGCAUGGCUGUGUUUGAUACAGUCCGGCAUUGGUCCCUGGUGGGAUUUUAUGUCUGUCUAGAUGUGUAUAUGUACACAUAUAUGUAUGAGUGUGUGUGUGUGCAUUUUUAAGAGAGCCAGGAUUACUUAAGACCUGUACUUGAAGUGUGCUUUCUCCUUCAGAUGCAGCCUCAGAUGAAUUUCUUUUUUCAUACAGAAGAAACCUGUUUUGUUUUUUUAUAUAUUACCGGUGAAAAUUGACUGGGGUAGUCUAUUACUACUACACAGUAUUAUCCUUUGACUCUGAAAGCUCUGUAUAGGUACAGGCAUGCAUGCUUAUUACCUGAAUUAAUUGGUUCUGUUCCAUAGAAACAUUCAAAGCUGAGAACGCAGCUCUCCCAGGUUGUUGCUUUUCCUCUUUCUUUCUUUCGUACGUACAGUACUGACUUUUGCUUGUACAGGUUGCAAACCCUGUUUGGUGCAGAGGAUGGUAUGAGCAGGCAUGUUUCUAAUAUAGAGCAACAUCCUCCAAACAAGAUUGGAGUUGUUGGAAUACGUGGUCCAUUUGGUCCCACUAGGUAGAGAUGAAGGAGAAAUUUGAUUUCGUUUGCAUUUUAAUGCACACCUCCCCAGACAACACACAAGCCGAAAUGCACUUACCUUUCAAUAUUUGCACUUUCCUGAAUUUUGCAAUGCAGUUUUCCAACCAAAACGUGUAAAAAAAUGUGUC